AAUCAUUCGACUGCAAUCGACUGUAAAAAGUACAGCGCAUCUCGCAGUUACACGCAACGUAGCACUCAACAUGGUUCGAAGUCACGCUCUUACCGCGGUCUUCCUAGCGCUCGUUUCGGCAAAUGUGAUCCAAGCGUCAUUGUUGUCAGGAGGACUUUUCAGUUCCCUACCUUCUCUCGCGAACCUCGCUUUUCCCAGAACUUACUUCGAUGACUUCCGUCUUGGUUUGGGACAACAUUUGAACAUUCCGCCCAGAUUUCGUCUGUUGAAUCACUUCGUCACUGCGCCACAUGUAUUCCCGCUGUUCAACGGUGCCGCGGGCGGUGCCAGUGCCGCUUCUGCUGCAAGUUCCGCCGGAGAAUCUGGUCUUAGCGGUACGAUACCAGCGCUAGGAGGUUUUGGAGGUAUUGGAGGAGGCAGUCGUCUAGCAAGAAGUGCCAAUGCUGCUUCUGCUUUAACCUCCAACGCCGCUUCCGAAGGGUCUGCUUCUAACGUCGAUGGUGUAGCACCAAUGAUAACUGCACCAGUGCUAACUCUAAGAGGUCUAGGAGAAGAUCUAGGAGGCAGUCGUCCAGGAAGAAGUCCCAGUGCUGCUUCUGCUUUAACCUCCGACGCCGCUUCCAAAGGGUCUGCUUCUAACGUCGAUGGUGUAGCUCCAAUAAUAAAUGCACCAGUGCUAACUCUAAAAAAUCUAGAAGGUCUAGAAGAUCUAGGAGGUCUAGGAGGCAGUCGUCUAGAAAGAAGUGCCAGUGAUGCUUCUGCUUUAACCUCCGACGCCGCUUUUGAAGGGUCUGCUCCUAGCGUUGAUGGUGUAGCACCAAUGAUAAGUGCACUAGCGCUAACUCUAGCAGAUCUAGGAAACGGUCGUUUAGAAAGAAAUGCCGUGGAACGGGCUGUGCGCAGUUACACUAAAAAAAAUUAUGAUGAAAGUGCUGCGUCCGUUGCAGCUACCAAUGCCGCUGCAACUCAACCGAAACAAACUGUUACAAGUUACUAAACUUGUGUACAACGCUAUUCUUAAAUAAAAUGUUCUUGCUACACUUACCGAUUCGGUAAGUUUAAUUAAGAAUAUCGAAGUAGAAAACAGCAGAAUUGUUUUUACGUCACAUUUUUGUCUUUGUAAAGUUGUUGCUGUUCAGAAAUAAAAUAAAAAUGUUCUUUCUCGUUAAAC